AGAGUGCGGGUCUCUCAAAUUGUUUUAAAUGGAGCCCCGAAGACAAGAGUGUUGACCAUGUGACUUUUGUCAAGUGGCUUCUAGCGGCGUAGGCUUGCCUUAUCUCUGAAAGAGAAAGGGAUGGCUCACUGCAGUGAUGGCAACACAGCUCCCGAGCCAGGGCUGUAACAUGAAAGCGCCUCUCCGCGGCACUGCCAGGACUAAAGUGGAUCUAUUUAGAGCAGUGUACUUCCAGAAAGCCCUGCACGGAGACAUGACGGAAUGGACGUUACUGAAGCGGCUGCUCGACGCAGUCCACCAGCACUCCACCAUGAUCGGGAGGCUGUGGCUGACAGUUAUGGUGGUUUUUCGCCUGCUGAUUGUCGCCGUGGCCACGGAGGACGUUUAUACAGAUGAACAGGAGAUGUUCGUGUGCAACACGAUUCAACCAGGGUGCUCAAACAUCUGCUACGAUUCCUUCGCUCCUAUCUCGCAGCCACGGUUCUGGGUGUUCCAGAUUAUAACUGUGUCCACGCCUUCCUUGUGCUUCAUAAUUUACACCUGGCACAGUCUGUCCAAACAGCCAGAGGGAGAGAGAGUUACGGAAAGCAAAGAGGCAUGCGAAAGGAGCUGCGAUUCAGACAGUUGUUCUGUCAAAUCUCACAGGCAUCUGGGACACAGCCUGGCAGACAUUCUAGAAGGGACAGAUGUUCACGUGAAAAGUGGAAGAGUUUCCAAGACAAGAUUAAAAGUUGUCAAAAAAGGGGGUAAAAAGUCCGGGAUCCUGUCAAAAUACUACGUCUUUCACGUCUUCUUCCGUGCGACUCUGGAAAUCGGCUUCGUCUUUGCUCAGUGGGUGCUUUUUGGUUUUAAGGUCCCUUCUCAUUUUGUGUGCAUGUCUUACCCCUGCACCCAGAGAGUAGAUUGCUACGUUUCCAGGCCUACUGAAAAGACCAUUUUCCUGAUUUUUAUGUUUUCCGUUGGGGUCUUCUGCAUUUGCUUAAAUUUCCUUGAACUUAAUCACUUGGGAUGGAAAAAAAUCAAGGAAUCUUUACUGAAAAAAGAAAGUUCAUGGAAAGGAUAUCAGGAAAUAAACCAGGAUGCCCAAUCACUGACCUCACUCACAUUCAGAGACCUUACAAGCACUAACUCACUCCCAACAUUAGAUCUGAUGGGAGACAACAACCAGGACUGGACAUGCACUGGAAGCUGCUCUCCUAUUAAAGAUGACAAAGAAGCUGCACCUCAGCAGCGCUCCGAAACACCAAGUGAGGAAAAUCGAAGGGGCUCUCAGUCCCUGAAAAGCAAGACAAGUAAAGGCAGGAUCUCAAAACAAAAGAGCACUGAAAUUUGGAUUUGAAAUCAGAUUGCAAAAUGAGGAAAGGUUUUACUAAUUGACCUGAACAUGAACUUAAGAUUGUACUACAUCUUUCUGCCAAUUCAUUUUCCAAUAAUCGUUUUAAUUUCUUCCAAUACCUACACUAGGUUUUAUCUACCUUAUGGUUUAUAUGCCUAAGUACAGUUUUGAAAGAAAGUGCCAGAUUUCAAAGAAUUUAAUAAUUAAGAAUAUGUUAAACAAUACAAGUGUUCUUACAAAGAUUCACAUUAAAAGGUCUUUAGUAAUAGCCUUUUAAGAAAUACUUUGACAGGAUCUAUUUUUACUAAAUGAAUUUUGUUAAAAACAUCUCAGAUGUAGUAGAUGUGUGUCAAUCAUGAAACAGGCAUUAGCAACGGAAGAAAGUCACAACGAAUAAAAUAAGAACAUUUGUCCAA